AUGUAUGGAGAGCGCCUCUUAUUUACUGUCUGCAUAACGGCCGUCCUAUUCUUUGUCUCUGUCUUCUAUGACUCGAAUUUUGAAAAAAUUACCGCAAAUGCCGAUCGGAUUGGCAAAAAUCAACCUCACCACCGGCGACGAGGCCAGCGAUUAUCGAAAGCUACUGGUUUCGAGUGUACCAAUCAAAUAAAUGGACUUUAUACAAAUGUUAGAGCGUUAAUAAUAGAUAUCGAUUUUCUUAAGCAAACUACGCUGGAAUGCGCUGAGCCUUACUUUGGGAAAAUCAAAAUAGCUGUCGAAGAACGAGAUCGAGGACAAGUCGAUAAUAAAACGUUUUCGGAAUAUGAUGUCAUUUUUUAUCGAGACGACGCUACUAGAGAUUAUAUCGAAAUUGUCGAUUACGAUGGGAAAAGGAGAAUACUGCCUCGAUUUCUUACACAAUCGGAGGGCAAAUUCGAAUACCCAACGGAUUUACCCGCUUUCUUGAAGUAUUGGGAAAGCUCGAGGAUGAUCGAAUGCUUAGGGCUAGACAUUCCUCGCGCUCCCCAAGAUGCCAAACGCCGUCUAAAGCUUGAGGGGAUCGUCGAUAUGGCCCUAUAUCGAGAUUUCCUACUCGCCCUUGGGAUUCAUCCCUUUUUAAAUGGUGGUUCAUUGUUAGGGUGGUACCGUGAAUGUUCCAUCAUUCCUCAUACCCAAGAUGUUGACUUUGCCGCCAGAGCAACAGAAUAUAAUUCGAAGCUUCUUGAAAAACUACAAAAUAGUGCGGAUUUCAGACUCAAGCGGAUUUUGGGCGUGAAAGAAGACAGCUAUGAAAUAACAAUCCAUACAAAGGCUUACAAUUGGCCGAUCGAUCUCUUUUUCGUGUAUGAUGAAGGGAAUACUUCAUGGGUCGGAGGAACUGGAGCUGAUUUAUCUAAAUAUAUAUAUACUUAUCCAAGAAUAACUUCUCUCUGUACAGCACUCUUGCUUGAGCAUUAUUUCUGGGUGCCCUGUAAUGUGUUGGAGAUUUUGCAGACAGAACAUGGUUCAAAUUGGCGGAUAGACUAUCCGACCCGGCGCUUCAAUUGGAAUAGCUCACACAGGAAU